AGCGGGGGUGAGCGGCGGCCGCGGUCUCCCGGCAACGCCCGGCAGCGCUAUGGAGGCGCUGUCGCUGCCCGCGGCCCUGGCGCUGGUGGCCGGCGGCGGCGCGGGGCUCAGCCCGGAGCGGCGGGCGGCGCUGGGCGCCUCGCUGCCGCUGGUGCAGCGCGAUUACCGCUUCGAGCGGGUCUGGUUCUGGGGCUGCAUCCAGGGCUUGCGCGGCGCCUACUACAUCGCCGAGGGGCUGGGUCCCGACCGCGCCGCGCCCCGCUGCCGCCUGUACAGCUUGAACUGCUUGGACUGGAGCCUCCUGACGCCAGCCACCGAGGAGAUGCUUGUGCUGGCUGAGCAGCUGAAGGGCCACUUUCAGGGGGAUCCUUCUUUUGAGUACAGCUUGGCUGAGAUAAACGCAGAAGCUGCUGCAAGACUGGUUCAAAGUGGUAAGGAGCCUGUGAUCAAGGAGGAGGCCCGCCUCAUAGCUACCAUAGAACAGAUAGACAGAGCAGUUGGUAUCGUCCCCCGGGGCGCAUUUGUGAAGACUCCUCUUGGGUCUGUGCAUGAAAACAGAUACUUUGAAGGUCUGUCUUUGGUGGAGGCAAAAAAGUUAAGUUCCUAUUUCCAUUUCACUGAGCCUGCUAACCUGAAGAAUAAAACCCUGCUGGAAAAGGCUGACCUGGACCCAUCCACUGACUUUCUAGACUCUCUGGAGCAUGAUAUUCCACGAGACGUUAAAACAAUCCUGCUGAUGGUUGAGGACCCGUCCUGUUACCUCCACUCACUUGGCACUGCCUCUGCUGCUUACUGCAGAAGGAUGACCCAGAAGAUCCCGACAAAGAAAUCUCAAGCUCUUUGGGAAACUCCUGAGUGACAGAGCCCAUAGAGAGCCCAGGGAUCUGCCAGUCUGGACUUCCACUCCAUCUGCCGCAUGAGGUCCUUGGAGGAUGAAAGCAGGAGAAACAUGUAUGUUGACACACACAUAUUGUUACUAUGUAUGCCGUAUGAAAAAAUAUUCUGUGUGACAGGAACAAAGUAGCUCAGAUGGUGAAUGCCCGCACCAAACUCAGCGAGACAAGGCUGCUUCCUUGCCCUUCCAAUACCUUCUCAGAAAGCACGGUGGGGUUUGUCUGGCAAAACCUUCACCCCUUUAGUAUGACACCCUUCUGCACACCCGGGCACCACUCAGCCAGCACAGGCAGGCCCCGGAGGCACAGGAGAAUACCACUGGAUUAAGAGAAAUAAAACCCACCUGAGGAUAACGCUCCUUCAGCCCUUUAACACAUGGGUGCUAAGAAAUCCCUGUAUCUCAAAAGCCACGUCCUGGGGGGUGGUCAGAUGAUGGGUGUAAUUACAGUUUGUCCCCCGCCGCCCCUCUCCCCAGAUGGCUCUGCUGGACUUUGGAACAAUUCCCACGGGCAAAGUGAAUUUUGACCCGAACAUAUAUCCAUCGGCAUAACAGAAAGCGCGGCGAGAAAGCAGGGCAGGGAGCUGGGUUCGAAAUGCACGAGCCGCAGGGCUACGGCUCUGGCGUACAGAACCGCGGGGCUACGGCUUGGAGGGCGGGGAGGAGGCCGGGCCAUCACGGAGGAGGUGGGACUUGCCGGAGCGUCUCUCCCCGUGGCCGCUCCGAUCAGUUGCAGAGUGCUGACGAGCGGCGGGCGGCGGGGCGGGCGCUGCGCGGAACCGCCGCUGGAGUGCGCGGAGCGGGGCUGCUGCCGCGCCGGGGGCGAGGAGCGCACGCCGCGCCGGCGGGGGACAGCGCGCCACGGGAGCAGCCUUCCCCGGGCACCGGGACCUGCUGUUAGCUUGCCGCCUUGCUUUAUCCUCUCGUUUAAUUUAUUUUUUCUCCACCUAUACUUUGAUCCGCUGGGAUUUUUUUUUCCUCCCUUUCCUACAGAGCCUUCCCACGCCCCAGUUCCCUCCCUCUCUAUCCAGCUUGGAUUUUUUUCCUUUUUUUUUUUUUUUCAUCUAUUUUUUUAAAAGCGGCGGACAGAGAGAGGGAGAGACAGUAACGGAUAGGACAAGAGGAAAACGCUCUGUUCGUCCUUUCCGCCACCACCACCCCGAUUUGCGGAGAGGGGUCGGGCCGAGCGGCGGCGGCAUCAGCCCCUUUCUCCAAGGAGGCGACCCCGGCUCGGAGAGCCGCCGGAGGCAGCCGCCGCGAAGAGAGGGCGC